CAAAAGUCUUUAAUAAUAAUAAGUUAUUAAAAAAAUAGUUAAAAUCAAAUAAAAGAGAAAAACAGAGAGACACAUGGAAAGGGAAGCCAACGAAGUGACUCAGACUAUCUUUGUUCAGUCAGUGUCUCAUCCUCCGUUUCACACUCUGUUUUUCUCAGUCUGCCUCCGUUUUGUGCCUCCACUGACGCUCACAGUCUCAAUCUCGAGAGUGUGGGGUUUGAUUUGAGCAAGGAAGAGAAAGUUUAUACGGUGUUUGUGGAGUUCGUUCUGUACCCAUCAAUCACAUUUUCAAAACUUUGUUUGGUGGAUAAUUUGGAUUGGAAGAAGGGAAAGAAAAUUGAAGGAAUGAUGCUUCUCAGUGGAAGAAUCUGGGUUUUCGGGUAGUGGGAAAGACGGGAGUGCUUAGGCAUUUGCAUCGCCGGCCAGGUUGCCCAGGAAUAAUCCAAAGUGGCAUAUAAUGCAAAUGUCAAAGUCUCCCUCCCAUGAAUCCCGAGAACCCUCACCUUCUUAUACUACUCUGUCUAGGGACUUAACUGGAACAGCAAUGGAUGAUGCAGAAUCGACAAUGGCCACAGUUGCUCACUUUGUUGAGCAACUACAUGCUGGCAUGUCUUCAUCUUCUGAAAAAGAACUUAUUACAGCACGAUUGCGAGGUAUUGCCAAAACUAAAAAGGAUGCUAGGACACUUAUUGGUUCUCAUGCCCAGGCAAUGCCAUUGUUCAUAAGCAUUCUCAGGAAUGGGACUCCCAUGGCAAAAGUCAAUGUUGCUGAGACCCUAAGCGUUUUGUGCAAAGACGAAGACUUACGUCUUAAAGUACUUCUAGGUGGGUGCAUCCCUCCUUUACUUUCACUCUUGAAGUCUGAAUCAACUGAGGCUAGGAAGGCUGCAGCAGAGGCUAUUUAUGAAGUUUCCGUUGGUGGACUUUCCGAUGACCAUGUUGGUAUGAAAAUAUUUGUUACGGAAGGUGUAGUACCAACUUUAUGGGACCAACUCAAUCCAAAGAACAACCAGGACAAAGUGGUAGAGGGAUUUGUUACUGGGGCAUUGAGAAAUCUUUGUGGUGACAAGGAUGGUUAUUGGAGAGCUACACUUGAGGCUGGAGGAGUAGAUAUAAUUGUUGGUCUUCUGUUUUCUGAUAAUGCUGCUGCUCAAUCAAAUGCAGCUUCUCUCUUGGCCCGUUUGAUGUUGGCUUUCAGUGAUAGCAUCCCCAAAGUAAUAGAUUCCGGAGCAGUCAAAGCUCUGCUUUUGCUCAUUUGUCAGGAAAAUGAUAUUUCUGUACGUGCAAGUGCUGCUGAUGCAUUGGAAGCUCUAUCCUCAAAAUCAACUAGAGCUAAGAAAGCUGUAGUAGAUGCAAAUGGUGUUCCAGUUCUCAUUGGGGCUAUAGUUGCUCCAUCUAAAGAAUGUAUGCAAGGAGAGCAUGGCCAGGCCUUGCAGGAACAUGCUACACGAGCUUUAGCAAAUAUAUGUGGUGGAAUGCCUGCUUUGAUUUUAUAUCUUGGAGAACUUUCACAAUCCCCUCGUCUAGCUGCACCAGUUGCUGAUAUUAUUGGAGCUUUAGCAUACACUUUGAUGGUUUAUGAGCAGAAAUCUGGCAGUGAUGAGGAGCCUUUUGAUGCAAGGCAGGUGGAAGAUAUUCUAGUAAUGCUACUUAAGCCUCGGGAUAGUAAGCUGGUUCAAGAUCGUGUCCUUGAGGCCAUGGCUAGUCUAUAUGGCAACAACUAUCUUUCAAGACAGCUCAGUCAUGCAGAAGCCAAAAAGGUGCUUAUUGGACUUAUAACAAUGGCUGCUGCAGAUGUGCAAGAGUAUCUCAUUCUUUCUUUGACGAGCUUAUGCUGUGAUGGCGUUGGUAUUUGGGAAGCCAUCGGCAAGAGGGAAGGAAUUCAAUUACUUAUUUCAUUGCUGGGCUUGUCAAGUGAGCAGCAUCAAGAGUAUGCUGUUCAAUUGCUGGCAGUCUUAACCGACCAGGUUGAUGACAGCAAAUGGGCUAUCACUGCUGCAGGCGGGAUUCCUCCGUUGGUGCAGUUGUUAGAUACAGGAUCUCAGAAGGCAAAGGAGGAUGCAGCACAUGUUUUGUGGAAUUUAUGCUGUCACAGUGAGGAUAUUCGUGCUUGUGUUGAAAGUGCUGGAGCAAUCCCGGCAUUCUUAUGGCUUCUAAAAAGUGGUGGGUCAAGAGGUCAAGAGGCAUCGGCUAUGGCUCUUACUAAGCUUGUUCGAACAGCAGAUUCUGCCACCAUUAAUCAGUUACUAGCUUUGCUCCUAGGUGAUUCUCCGAGCUCAAAGGCCAACAUAAUCAGAGUUUUAGGUCAUGUACUGACACUGGCAUCACACAAGGAUCUUGUGCAUAAGGGUUCUGCACCUAAUAAAGGUCUCAGAUCUCUUGUCCAGGUACUCAACUCACCAAAUGAAGAAACUCAAGAGUACGCAGCCUCUGUUCUAGCUGACCUAUUCAGCACAAGGCAAGAUAUUUGUGAAAGUCUUGCAACUGAUGAGAUCAUCCAUCCUUGCAUGAAGCUUUUGACCAGCAAUACUCAAGUUGUUGCAACGCAGUCUGCUCGAGCAUUGAGUGCUCUUUCCCGUCCAACAAAGACUAAAACAACUAACAAGAUGUCUUAUAUUGCAGAAGGGGAUGUCAAGCCUCUAAUUAAACUGGCCAAAACUUCUUCUACAGAUUCUGCUGAAACUGCAGUUGCCGCUCUUGCCAAUCUUCUUUCUGAUCCGCAGAUUGCUGCUGAAGCCCUGGCAGAAGAUGUUGUUUCGGCUUUGACAAAAGUAUUGGGAGAUGGAACUAUAGAGGGCAAGAAAAAUGCAUCAUGUGCCCUUCAUCAAUUACUGAAGCAUUUUCCAGUAGGUGAUGUGCUCCCUGGACAUGCUCAGUGUCGUUUUGUUGUUCUUUCACUUGUUGAUUCCUUAAAUGCAAUGGAUAUGGACGAGAUUGAUGAUUCUGCCGACGCUUUAGAAGUUGUAGCACUUUUGGCUAGGACAAAACAGGGUGUGAAUUUUACAUAUCCCCCAUGGUCUGCACUUGCUGAAGUGCCAUCGAGCGUAGAACCUCUUGUCCGUUGUCUGGCUGAUGGGCCUCCUCUACUGCAGGAUAAGGCAAUAGAAGUUUUGUCAAGACUUUGUGGUGAUCAACCAGUUGUGCUUGGUGAUCUUUUAGUUACUAGAUCAAGAUCCCUUGGUUCACUUGCUAAUAGAAUAAUGAGCUCAUCGAGUUUAGAAGUGAGAGUUGGAGGGGCUGCAUUACUCAUUUGUGCUGUGAAAGAGCACAAACAGCAGUCUAUGGAAGCACUUGGUGUGUCAGGAUAUUUAAAACCCCUGAUACAUGCUUUAGUGGAAAUGAUAAAACAAAAUUCCAUCUGCUCCUCUUUAGAGAUUGAAGUAAGAACUCCUAGAGGUUUUAUGGAAAGAAAUGCUUUCCAGGAAGGGGAGGAAUUUGAUGUCCCUGAUCCAGCCAGCGUCUUGGGGGGUACAGUUGCCUUAUGGUUACUUUCUAUAAUUGCUUCAUUUCAUGCAAACAACAAAGUCAUUAUCAUGGAAGCUGGUGGACUUGAUGCUCUUUCUGACAAGCUUGCUAGCUACUCUUCCAACCCACAGGCAGAAUAUGAAGAUGCAGAAGGCAUAUGGAUUAGCGCCCUACUCCUGGCUAUUCUGUUCCAAGAUGAAAAUGUUGUUUUGUUUCCUGCAACAAUGCACAUCAUACCUUCACUUGCUCUUUUGCUAAGAUCUGAAGAGGUUAUUGAUAAAUUUUUUGCUGCCCAGUCAAUGGCCAGUCUUGUUCAUAACGGUAGUAAGGGAAUAAGUCUUGCAAUUGCAAAUUCAGGUGCUAUUGCUGGGUUAAUAACUCUAAUUGGUUAUGUUGAGUCAGAUAUGCCAAACCUUGUUGCUUUAUCAGAAGAAUUCUCUCUGGUAAGACAUCCUGAUCAAGUUGUUUUGGAGCACCUUUUUGAUAUUGAAGAUGUAAGAGUUGCAUCAAUUGCACGUAAAUCUAUACCUCUUUUAGUGGACCUUUUGAGACCAAUACCUGAGAGGCCUGGUGCCCCUCCAACCGCUGUUCAACUCUUGACUCGUAUUGCAGAUGGAAGUGAUACAAACAAAUUAAUUAUGGCUGAAGCUGGAGCUCUAGAGGCUCUGACAAAGUACCUCUCUUUGAGUCCUCAAGACUCAACAGAGGCCACCAUAUCUGAAUUAUUCAGAAUAUUAUUUAGUAACCCUGAUCUAAUCAGAUAUGAAGCAUCAGCUAGUUCCCUUAAUCAACUUAUAGCUGUUUUGCGUCUGGGGUCAAGAAGUGCUAGAUUCAGUGCUGCAAGGGCUCUCCAUGAACUUUUUGAUGCUGAGAACAUCAGAGAUUCUGAAUUAGCCAGGCAGGCUGUUCAACCAUUGGUCGACAUGCUUAAUACCGCAUCAGAGGGUGAGCAAGAGGCUGCUCUUGUUGCAUUGAUUAAGUUGGCUUCAGGAAAUUCAUCAAAAGCAGCAAUUUUUAUUGAUGUGGAAGGAAACCCCCUUGAGAGUGUUUACAAAAUAUUGGCUUCUACAUCAUCAUUAGAAUUGAAGAAAAAUGCUGCACGGUUCUUGUUUGUUCUGUUUAGUAAUAGCAAAGUAAGAGAAAAUCCAAUUGCCUCUGAAUGCAUGGAGCCCCUUAUAACAUUGAUGCAGUCUGAUAAGGAUGCAGCUGUAGAAGCUGGAGUUUGUGCUUUUGAGAAAUUGUUGGAUGAUGAACAACAGGUGGAGGUUGCAGCAGCCUAUGAUAUUGUGGAUCUCCUUGUUGGCUUGGUUUCUGGUACAAACCAUCAGCUUAUUGAGGGUAGCGUAUGUUCUCUGAUAAAGUUAGGGAAAGACCGGACUCCACGCAAAUUGGAUAUGGUUAAUGCUGGUGUUAUUGAUAAUUGUCUUGAGAUACUACCUCUUGCACCAAAUUCAUUAUGCUCCUCAAUUGCAGAACUUUUCCGCAUUUUAACAAAUAGUAAUGCAAUUGCUAGAAGUUCAGAUGCUGCAAAAAUGGUAGAACCCCUUUUCAUGGUUUUACUUCGAUCAGAUUUCAGCUUAUGGGGACAGCACAGUGCAUUGCAAGCACUUGUAAAUAUUUUGGAGAAGCCACAAAGUCUAGCUACUUUGAAACUUACGCCUAGUCAAGUCAUUGAGCCUCUUAUUUCAUUUCUGGAAUCCCCAUCUCAAGCCAUCCAGCAGCUUGGGACAGAAUUGUUAUCUCAUCUUCUUGCCCAGGAACACUUUCAGCAAGAUAUUACGACAAAGAAUGCAGUUGUGCCUCUUGUGCAGCUUGCUGGAAUCGGAAUACUGAACUUACAACAAACUGCAAUUAAGGCAUUAGAAAAAAUAUCCACAAGUUGGCCGAAGGCAGUUGCUGAUGCUGGGGGUCUUUUUGAGCUUGCAAAGGUAAUUAUUCAGGAUGACCCUCAACCACCUCAUGCGUUAUGGGAAUCAGCUGCUUUGGUUCUCUCAAAUAUCUUACGUUUCAAUGCUAAGUACUAUUUCAAAGUUCCUGUGGUGGUUCUUGUGAAAAUGUUACACUCAACACUGGAGAGCACCAUUACGGUGGCUCUUAAUGCCUUAAUUGUUCAUGAAAAGAAUGAUGCUUUAAGCACUGGACAGAUGACUGAAGCUGGUGCCAUUGAUGCUUUGUUGGACCUUUUAAGAUCUCAUCAGUGUGAAGAAGAAUCUGGAAGGUUGCUUGAAGCUUUAUUUAAUAAUGUGAAGAUCCGAGAGAUGAAGAUUGCGAAGUAUGCAAUAGCACCUUUGUCACAAUAUCUGUUAGAUCCACAAACCAGAUCUCAAUCUGGCAAACUUCUUGCAGCUUUAGCUCUUGGAGACCUUUCCCAGCAUGAAGGACUUGCUAGAGCUAGUGAUUCGGUGUCUGCUUGUCGUGCAUUGAUAAGCUUGCUUGAAGAUCAGCCAACAGAGGAUAUGAAAAUGGUGGCAAUUUGUGCGCUGCAAAACUUUGUAAUGCACAGCAGAACAAAUAGGCGAGCAGUUGCUGAAGCAGGAGGAAUUUUGGUUAUUCAGGAAUUACUGCUCUCUCCCAAUCCAGAAGUUGCCGGGCAGGCAGCAUUGCUGAUCAAAUUUUUAUUUUCCAAUCAUACACUCCAAGAAUAUGUAUCAAAUGAGCUCAUCAGAUCUUUAACAGCUGCACUAGAAAGAGAGUUGUGGUCCUCAGAAACUAUUAAUGAAGAGGUCUUGAGAACCUUAAAUGUGAUAUUCGCCAACUUUCCUAAGCUUCAUAUUUCUGAAGCCGCUACGCUUUCUAUUCCCCAUCUGAUAGGUGUUCUAAAAUCUGGUAGUGAGGCGGCGCAGGAAUCUGUACUGGACACUCUAUGUUUGUUAAAACAUUCUUGGUCAACCAUGCCAAUAGAUGUUGCAAAGUCUCAGGCCAUGAUUGCAGCUGAAGCCAUACCUCUUCUACAGAUGCUCAUGAAAACCUGUCCACCAAGUUUCCAUGAUAGAGCAGACAGCUUGUUGCAUUGCUUACCUGGUUGCUUGACUGUUACAAUCAAGCGUGGGAACAAUCUGAAGCAGACCAUGGGAAGUACAAAUGCUUUUUGUCGAUUGACGAUAGGCAAUGGCCCCGCUCAACAAACCAAGGUAGUGAACCAUAGUACAUCUCCAGAAUGGAAGGAAGGAUUUACAUGGGCAUUUGAUGUACCGCCAAAGGGACAAAAACUUCACAUUGUUUGCAAAAGCAAAAAUACUUUUGGAAAGACAACUUUGGGAAAAGUGACUAUCCAAAUUGACAAAGUUGUUAGUGAAGGAGUAUACAGUGGGUUAUUUAGCCUUAAUCAUGACAGCAACAAAGAUGGAUCUUCCCGCACACUUGAAAUCGAGAUUAUCUGGUCCAACAGAAUAUCAAGCGAAGACACAUGAAGGGGCAUAUUUUCUAAAACUCGGCAAAGUCGAGUGUAGCCAAUAUACUCUAAAAGCUGAGCAAAGAGAAUUUUACUACUAAUUCUAAUGUGCAAAAUGAAGUUGGUUUGCUUGUAAUUAUCCUUCCUAAGGUCCAGUUUUGUAGCAUGAAAAGAUUAUGCUGUGCUUGAGUUUUUAAGUGUAAAUUAUAUUUUUAUUAACUUGCAGAGGGGGUUUUAAAGAAAGUGGAAAAGGCAUUCCCACGAAGUAAAGGGAAUGUAAAAGCUGUUUAGAAAGUUUGUACAGGUCAGUUAAAUAGGUGCUAGCAAUUUUAAAAGAUAGUAGCAAGAAACAGCUUUUGGAAAUCUUGGAAUUGAGCUUUUUUGCUUGGAGUACUGUCUUUGUCAUUGGGGUAAAUUGGGGCUGUAUAUGUUUUUGUAUUUGUGUAACUGGCAACUUUUAUUGUUUUAAAGUAGCAUCCAAAUGAUAAUAUAUAAAAAAGAAAGCUCCUUUGGGUAAAAAAUAAAAAUAAAAAAUCUCUUUUAUGUUGA